AAAAAAAAAAACAGAAAAGCAAAAACAGAGAGAAGGGAGAAAGCAAGAAAACGAAAAGACCCCCAGAAACCUUAAAGUAAACAGAAAUAAAAGAUACAAACAAAGAAGACAAAAGUACAAUGGGUUCCACCACAAUAUCUUGUAAUCCUCCACCCCUGAUCGAUCCAACCAGGGCCACCAUUGCUUUUGGAGACAGAGCAUUGCCCAGACUGAACCGAGAACUAAAUUCUGAUGUCCUACUCACCCGGCAACAAGCUCUGAAGGCGUUGUCCAGUAUUCUUCAUGAUCCAGAGUACAUUGCCGGCUCUCUUAAAAAUGGAAUUGUCCAUUCUUUGAAGACUUUACUGGUUGACGAGGAUGUGACUGUCAGGCAGUUGUCUGUUGAGUGUCUUUUCAUCAUUGCUUCUUAUGCCAUUGGAAGGACUGCACUCAUUGAACUCAACAUGAUAAACUCUGUAGCGGAACUGUUUGACGACCCCGAUGUUGGCGUACGACUGAAGGCUCAUAAAACUAUUGAGAUGGUAGCAGAAAGCCCCUUUGGAGCUCAGGCUGUACUGGAUGAUAAACUGGUCAAAAUAUUAGUGGAGAAACUUGCUCAAGAAGAAACAGAAAUUGUGCUGUAUAUUCUAGACACCCUUCACUUCUGCAUGAUGGUAGAUACUGUUGAUGCCCUGUCUGCCGGUGCCAUGCUUACCUUUCGAAAUCUUCUGAACCAUCCGAAUGUUUCCAUCUGUGCCAAGGCAGCCAUUUGUGUCCUUGAUCUCAGUGUUCCAUUGGCAGGAAAAGAAAAGGCUGUGGAGGAUGACGUUGUUGAGCCCCUUACAAAACUGCUCCUGCAUGAAAGUGAUAAAGUGAGGGCCAAGGCUGCUGGUGCUUUAACAAUGAUUGCUAUCACAACCCCUGGCAAAUUCAAAGCCCUACAUGCUUUAGAUAUACUUGUCAAUCUCACCAAAGACAAGAGCAGUGAAGUAAGGACCAACGCAUUGAAGGCGUUGACUUGUUUGAGUGAAGCUCCAAGUGGCAGGAAGAUCUUGCUGAAGCACGUGGAGGAGAUUCAAGCGAUAACAUCUGACCCUAUCCCAGCUGUUGCCAAGGCUGCAUCCAUAGCAUUAGGGGUCAUUUGCUGGAAGCCGUAACUAUGGAUACAUACUUGAUACACACACACACACACACUCAUCACACAUACACAUAGACAGGCACAUAAUUGAAACUCGUGUAUACACACACACACUCUCACACUUACUUACACACACACAUCUGAUCCCCUGCAUCUGCUGCAGUCCUUGUGUCACUGACCCCUAAUUCUCAAACAUAAUAAACUUAUUUCAAAUUA